UGUAGUUCAGUUGCAUCAUAUAGUUCAUGACUAAGGAACAGGUAGUCCUCGAAUUGGUUAAGUAAUUUUAAAAUAAACAGAACAAUACCAAUAUCUAAGUGAAUUAAUAUCGAAUCUAAAUAGGAAUGGCCCAACUACCAUCACCUUUCAUUAGUCAUACUAGAAAAGUAUGUAGUCUUUAUAAACGCGCUUUACGUGCGUUAGAAGAUCAGAAUAUUAAAAGACACGAAUUUAGAUAUAACGCAAUUUUAUUAAGACAACGUUUUGAUAAGAAUCGGAAUAUACCAGAUGCUCGCAUAGCUAAAAAGCUACUAUUAGAAGGUGAAGAAGAAUUAUUUCAGAAUAUGCAUCCUGAUCCAUCAAAAUUUCCUAAUAGCCCAGGUGGUAUAUGCCAUGGACGUUUUGUAAUACCACCAGAUUCUGUAAUGGAUUUUUGGGAUCCAAUUGAAAAAGCUAGAUAUCCAACAUAUUUUGCAGAAAGAGAGAAACUUAAGGUGGAAUAUGAAAAAUUAUAUAAGAAAUUAUAUGUCGAUACUCCUGCAGAAACUGAAAAAGCAAAAACAAAUAAAUAGUUCAAGUAAAACACAUUGUUUAUGUAGUUAUAAUAAUUAGAAUAAAGUAUAUUGAUAUUUAUAUAA